AGCGGCAGCGGCUCCGGCGGCUCCUCCUCCUCCUCCGGUGGCGGCGGCGCCCCGGGCCCCGAGCCCCGGCUCCCCUCUCCGCCACCCCCGCGCGCCCUCUCCUACCCCGGCGCUGUGGGGAACAUGAGGCUCCGCUCCCGGAGGCCGGCGAGUGAGUGACCCACGUCCCCCGCCUCAGCCCGCCCGCCCGCCGGCCCGGCCGCUCCCCCCCGCCUCGCCCAGGCAAUGACAGCGGCUCCGGCGUCUCCGCAGCAGAUCAGGGACCGGCUGCUGCAGGCCAUCGACCCCCAGAGCAACAUCCGGAACAUGGUGGCGGUGCUGGAAGUCAUCUCCAGCCUGGAGAAAUACCCUAUUACCAAAGAGGCACUGGAGGAGACACGACUUGGGAAGCUCAUCAACGAUGUGCGCAAGAAAACGAAGAAUGAAGAACUUGCCAAGCGGGCCAAAAAGCUGCUGCGGAGCUGGCAGAAGCUUAUUGAGCCUGUGCACCAAAGUGAGAUGGCACUGCGAGGCUUAGCAGGCACUGCUGGCUCAGCCAAUGGGGGCGCGCACAACUGCCGGCCAGAAGCAGGGCCAGCUGGCACACCCAAGAGCAUCCAUGACCUGAAGAACCGCAAUGACAUCCAGCGGCUGCCUGGGCAGCGACUGGACAGGCUGGGCAGCCGCAAACGCCGAGGGGACCAGCGUGAUCUUGGCCACCCUGGACCACCGCCUAAGGUCUCCAAAUCGAGCCAUGACUCCCUGGUACCUAACUCAUCCCCCCUCCCCACCAAUGGGAUCAGCGGGAGCCCAGAGAGUUGUCCUGGCCCCUUGGACUGCAGUGGGCACUUGGGCCCUGAGGGCAGCCGCCUGGAACCAGGUGAGAAUGAUAAGCAUGGUGGCAAGAUCCCUGUUAACGCUGUGCGACCGCACACCAGCUCCCCAGGCCUAAGCAAGCCUCCGGGUCCCUGCUUGCAGACAAAGGCUGCGGUGCUGCAGCAGCUGGACAGGGUGGAUGAGACUCCUGGCCCCCCAUAUCCCAAGGGGCCACCUCGUUGCUCUUUUAGUCCCCGGAACUCACGGCACGAGGGUUCCUUUGCCCGGCAGCGGAGCCCUUACACACCCAAGGGCUCUGUGCCCAGCCCCUCACCACGGCCCCAGUCGCUCGAUGCCACACAGGUGCCAUCACCACUUCCGCUGGCUCAACCAUCUACACCCCCUGUACGGCGGCUUGAGUUGCUGCCCAGCACAGAGAGCCCAGUGCGCUGGCUGGAGCAACCUGAGGGCCACCAGCGGCUCACAGGAAUAACCUUGAAGGCAGGACUCUGCUUGACCGAGCCCCUCCUGACCCGUGCAGGCUUCUCCCCAGACUCCUCCCGGGCAGACAGUGAUGCUGCCUCUUCUGGUGGCUCGGACAGCAAAAAAAAGAAGAGGUACCGGCCUCGGGACUACACAGUAAACUUGGAUGGGCAGGUGGCUGAGGCAGGUGUCAAGCCUGUCCGGUUAAAAGAACGGAAGCUCACCUUUGACCCCAUGACGAGACAGAUCAAACCUCUGACCCAGAAAGAGCCAGUGCAGGCUGACAGCCCUGUGCACACGGAACAGCCCAGGACAGAGCUGGACAAACCUGAGGCCAAGGCCAGCCUUCAGAGUCCUUUUGAACAGACGAACUGGAAGGAGCUGUCGCGAAAUGAGAUCAUCCAGUCCUACCUGAGCCGGCAAAGCAGCCUGCUCUCAUCGUCGGGUGCACAGACCCCGGGCGCUCAUCACUUCAUGUCUGAGUACCUGAAGCAGGAGGAGAGCACCCGGCGCGGGACCAGGCAGCCACAUGUGUUGGUGCCGCAUGACCCGCCUACUGACCUCCCAGGGCUAACCCGGGAGGUCUCACAGGACGAUCUGAACCGAAUCCAGGCCCACCAGUGGCCUGGAGUAAACGGUUGUCAGGACACACAGGGUAACUGGUAUGACUGGACACAGUGCAUAUCGCUCGACCCGCAUGGCGAUGACGGGCGGUUGAACAUUCUGCCUUAUGUCUGCUUGGACUGACCGGCUCUCGGCCUCCAAGUGUAUUCCCACCUUGCAAUUAGCCAUGGCAGGUGGGUGAGCGGGCGGGUGGGCAGGGCCCAGCUGCCUCAGGUGGUUGGGAAUCCGGCCUAGGCAGGAGGGAGGGGACUGGGUCUCCAGGUCUCUCUGAGCUCUUCCCUCAAAAUUCUCCUUCUUUUGUGAAAUGCUGCUACCAGUUUACUAACAAAAUUGCAAAGGAAGGAUCGCGUGGAAGGAAGGCCGGCAAAAUGAGUUUAGAACUCUAUAGCAAACCAGCUAUAAAAAGCGUUGAUCCCCACCCAGAAGAGGUGUGGACACCCCAGCACCCACAUGCUGGGACCCCAGUUGCAGGCAGGCACAGAAAACCUGUGGGAGGUCACCUUGAACAUGGCAGCAGAGGCACGCGUCUCAUCUGUGUGCAGUUUCUGUUUCUCAAUCUGGGCUGAAGCAGGGGGCAUGCUGCCGCCUGUUUGUAGCCCACAUGGCAUUGGGCAGGCCAGCUGGCCAGCCGGUUUAACCCUUACUCCACGGGCAUCCACACAUUUGUAUUUGGUUUCAGUUAAAGCCCAGUUUUUAAAGCAAUGCUGCAAAAAUUUAAGUUUUCGACAGUUUAUUUUAUCCUCUUCUUUCCAUCUGACCACAAGCCAAAUAAUCCCCUCUCCCUUUUUUCCCCCCUUUCCUGCACUUAUCUAGAAAAGGUCACCUUUCUAGAGCCCCCUCCCCAAAACAUAAAAGUAACUGCGGGUGCUACUGGUGUGUGAGCUGUACUGUUGGCAAGAGGAGACCUGUCUGUACGCUGGAAACACUCAUAACCAUUCCUUUAGAUUCGUUUGCCUUAUGGUUAUUUGUCAUAAACGCGAUUUGCAAAAACAAGGAGCCUUAGUGAAUGUACAGUACCUAGACUUCUGUGUUCUCAGGACGCGGAAGGAAGCAACUUUGCUAUUUGGUCCAGUAAGUGGACAUCUUGUGAUAUAAA